AUGUCUUCCUUACAACAAUACCAAAACCAAAACCAAAAACAACAAUAUAUACGUAAGUCUACUCGUGCUAGAAAAUUAUCUGAAAAAGCUAAAACUAACACUCCUACUUUAGUUGAUAAUCCACAGCAACAACAGCAUAUAAUAAAUGACAACGAUAACAACAACACUAAUGAUGAUGAUGAAUCUCCGAAGAAGAAGAGAAAAAUUUCAAGAAUUGAAGAAGAAGAAUCUCAGAAAACUGACAAGAUAGAUCCUGUUGAAAAAUUAUUAAGUUUGUCUAAUAUCAAUCAGGAUUUUUUACUGGAUUUUGAAUUCAAUACCCAUCAUCACAAGAGUUCCAAUUGUUCAUUAGAUGGUUGUGAUAACGAUGGUGAUAUAAGUGAACAAGAAUCUCAACUACUGUAUGAUGAAAAUGAUGAUGAAUAUUAUGAAGAAGAUUAUCCUGUUGAAAUUGAAAAUGUAAAUUUCACUAAAAUUAUUCAAGAUAAUAUUCGUCAAUUUUAUGUUAAAAGAAGAUUACAAGGUCAAUAUAAAGAUACUUUUUCAUUACUUAAUAAAUCAAAAGAUGAUGAAUUUACACCGACAUAUCAAUCAUCUACCCAACACCAAACUGUCCAACAACAACAACAAUCCAAUAAUAAAUCAAAUGAAGUUCCAUUCUUCAAAAGUGUUAAUUUUGGUAACAAGCCAAAAGAAUACACUAUUGAUGAUUAUUUCUCAUAUGGUGAUGAAGAUGAUGAAGAUGAUAAAGAUGAACAAGAAUCAGGAAGUCUACUGGAAUCAUCUAGUAGAAAUUCAUUAAGUGUAUCUUCAGAAGAGGAAUAUAGUGAUAGUGAUGAAUCCGAUGGUAAUGGUGUAUCUCCAAUAACCACUCCAAAGACAGAAAUUAAAUCAUUAUAUAUUCCAAAAAUCAAUCCUCAUCAUUAUUAUUAUUAUCAUGGUGGUAGAUUUAAUAAUUCAAAUCAAUCACCUCUUUUUCAACAUCAAUCUAGUUUGAACAAUUCCAAUGGUAAUAAUGAAUUGGAACAAGAUUUAUCUAAAAUAUUAAACAAAAACAGUUUAAUUAAUGGUAAAGCUAGUGAAAUGGUCAGUUCUGGUAAUUUUUUAAUCAAUGAUUUCUUCUUAUAA